CAGAGUCAGUGCAAGAACAGGGAUUAGAAAUCAGGAAUUCUUGGCUUCUAGCCCACUUUUCAGAUCAACCCCUCCACGCCCCUUUCCACAGCAGAUAGGUUUAGGUUUGCAUUGUGAAAAUUGCCUGCACUACAUGGCGCACUGGCCUUUCAGUUUCAUGCACGUCAAAUUCAAGCACAUUUCUAAAACUAUAUAUAAUCCCAGAUCAUCUGUUCUGUAGUUAUGAAUGAGUGUGCUAGAGACACGCUUCAUUGCUUCAUGCAAAGCACUCAAUACUCACGAAAGAAACUGAAAAAAGAGAGAUUAACAUUUUUCAAUAGAUUAAAGUAAAUUAAAAUAGUAAUAUCAGCCUCUGUGUUUGGUGUUUCUUAGGAACCAAUGACCAACGGGAACUAUUAACCAUCCUCCCUUGUUAAGGACCCUGUCCAACCCCCAUUAAAGUCAAUGGACAGCCACUUGUUACUUUCAACCAGAGAUAGAUCAGUCCAUAAAACAAGAGGAAAUGUUCCAUAUCUAAAUGUGCCCCAAAGGGGACACUUGAUUCUUGACUGUCCAUUAGAAUCAAACAUUGGCAACCAGCUAGUGGCAUUGGAAGUAUUUCUGGAGUGUGAGUGCUGAGCUCACCUUCUUUAGACCUGUUGAGAUCAAGUUGCCAAUUCUCCUGGACCACACUCCAUUGCUGCAAAUGAUGUCCAAUCCAUCCAGUCUAGGACAGUUGGCAACCCUCUCUGCCCCAGGCUGGGGCUGUAGCUGAGGACAGCUGCAGAGUUUUGGGCCUGUGGGCUGUAGAGCCCCUGACAAGGCCAGUGGGCCAACAAAAGUGUGUGGGGCCUGCAGGACCCCAAGAUGGCCACCCAGAGGCCAGGGCCUGGAGGAGCCAGCAGUGGGACAGGCCCCCAAGCAUGGGGAAACCAGGCACAAAUCUGCACCUGUACUUCCCAUGUCUAUGUAACCAGAACUCAGGUCUCAAGAAGCAUAGCUUCUAGACUUUCACCAAGUCCUACAAAGCCAUUUAGGUUUAAUGUUAAACUAGCCUGAACAAUCUUUGUUAAGCCAUAAGUAAAAGUCAGCCAACUUCAAAAUGUAGCUACUGAGAACAUAACAGAAAGUUCACAUUAUAACCAAGCUGCAUCACAAUUUUCAUAGAUUCAAAGACCAAGAGGAAGGAAAUAUGAUGAUCUAGUCUGGCUAACAUAAAACUGGCUACAAAAUGUCCUCCAGGAGUGCCUGUCAGAAGCCUUGAAACUUAUGGUAGAGUUAGAGCAACUUGGCAUCCAUUUUGAUCUAAAGCCUUCAAGUGAUGGGGAACCAACCACGUCCCAUGGCUCCAUUUAUGAAAUGUUUGGAAAUGAAUGCUGCCUGCCAACUGGAGAACUGAUUAAAGUUACUGGGUUCAAAAUUAAUAAGAUCAUUGCAAGCAUCUUUGAGAAUAAUGAAGACAGCCAGUGCUCAGCCAGAAUUGAGUUGCCUCUGAAUUUUCCAGGACUUUGUAAGAUCAUGGCUGAUAAAACUCCGUAUCUGAGCAUUGAAGAAAUCACAAGAAAAGUAUCUAUUGGCCCAACACGACUGGGCCACCCUUGCUUCUACUGCAAUGAAGACAUAAAAUUGGCAAACCUCACCAUCAGACAAGGUGAGCAGAUCAUGUUCAAUUCCGUAGAAGAGGUCAACGGGACAUUGACUGUGAACUGUGGAGUAGUACGAGACAAUCAGUCUCACUCCUUUACUUUGCCACUCUCCCAAGAAGGAGAGUUCUAUGAAUGUGAAGAUGACCAUAUUUACACCCUGAAAGAGAUUGUUGAAUGGAAAAUCCCCAAGAGUAGAACCCGGGUUGUGAAAUUUACCAAUAUGUUGCACACAUGGGAGUCCUCUAAUCCACUUCCUGAGAAUUUUGAUGGCUGCCUGAUUCUAGCACCAAUCUAUGAAGUACAAGGAGUGAUGAAAUUUCGAAGGGAUAUAGUUCAUAUCCUCUCUGAUCUAGACAUUGAAGUCAAAGAUGUAACAGACUGUUAUGAUAUUAACUGUUUCCUUCAACCAUUAUCUAUGGUAGAUGUAUUUGAGAGGACAAGCAAAGAAUUUCCUAUGGUUGCUGAGGUAAUAGAAGGGCCGACAGGAAGGCAACAACCUUACAAUUUAUUAUAUCCUGGGAAAGAAAUAGUCAUUCACAAAAAGUACCAGGCGACCAGAAUCCUUGCAUCUGAGAUCAGAAGUGAUUCCUGCAAAAGACACUUUUUAAUUCCUGCCAGCUACAAAGGAAAGUUCAAGAGAAGACCUCGGGAGUUUCCAACUGCCUACGACCUGGAGCUAGCAAGAAGUGACAAGGAGCAGCUUCAUGUUGUAGCAACUAAAGCCUUUGAUUCUCCCCAUGCAGAAUUGUUUUCUGUUUCUGUUGGAGACCAGUUUCUAGUUCAACAGUGCCAGAUGGGUGAAGUCAUAUAUCAGGGAAGGAAAAAAGUGAUAGAUGUUUUAGCCUGUGAACAAAUACUAAGUGAGGCCUAUAAGGAAGUGCUUCUCCCUAUGUACAUGGAAGGUAGCUUUGUAGAAGUGAUUCAUGACAAGAAACAGUACCAGCUUUCAGAACUUUGCAAAGAAUUCCAUUUGCCCUUUAAUGUCAAAGUGUCUGUGAGGGAUCUCUCCAUUGAGGAGGAUGUCUUGGCUGCCGUGCCUGGACUGCGGCUUGAAGAAGAAAUCACCGACUCUUACUUGCUAAUCAGCAGUGCUGGUGAUCCUGCGGACAGCUGGGAAAUUCCUGUGUAUCGUCUAAAUAUGUCUGUUCAGUUGCUCAGCAAACCAGCUGAAGAAACUGUAUCUGCCCCAACUAGGACUAUUGUGGAAGAGAUCAGUGAAGAACAAUAUUACAUGGUGAGGAGAUUUGAAAACCAAGCCCUACACCCACCCCCCAGGCCUCCGAAAAAGCCAACAACACUGGGAUCAAAACCUCUUCUCACUGUAUCACAGCAAAUUGUGCCGGAUGCACCAGAGGCUUCGAAGAAUUUCUGUGUAGACACCACAAAGAAACUCUGCUCAGAUCAAGCUGAAUUACAAGUUAGUUGUCAAAAUGAUUUAGUGCAACGAGAGAAUGAGGAUGACAUGACUGCGACAGCUACAUUAGUGGACACCAAUGUGAUUAAAGGUCCAAUAAACAAUAUGCUUCCAAAGCAUGGACAAGAAAAGGAACCGGAGAAGCACGUCUAUGAAUAUUUGGAUGAAAAUGUAAUUGAAAAUGUAAGGAAAAAGUUCCAAGACACCACAGUUCAUAAUAAAACAUACCUCCUGAAAAAGAGGGAAGAAACCUCUAAAAUGGAAUAAUACUGAAAUUAACCAGAAACGAGUG